UUUACUGAACCCUAUCACAGUCCAACGAGGUCGUUUCUCUUGGAAACCACGCCAACACACGUUCUCCCUGCCAAACACACGAACUUGCUGUUCCUCUCGUUAGCGGCUACUGUCUUAAACUUAUUUCGUGAAUAUGUCUACAGGACAAAGGGAAAAUGUAUUUCCCACCAGAAUGACGCUCACCGCGAUGAAAACACGUCUUCGUGGAGCUCAAACCGGUCAUUCGUUGCUUAAGAGAAAGUCUGAGGCUCUGAAAAAACGUUUCCGUGAGAUCACACAGAACAUUGACCAGGCUAAGCAGAAAAUGGGUCGUGUUAUGCAAGUUGCUGCUUUCUCAAUGGCCGAAGUUGGCUUCGUUUUGGGCAACAAUAUCGACUUCGAGAUCCAACAGUCGGUGAAAAACGCCAGAUUCCGUGUCCGGUCAAAACAAGAAAACAUUAGUGGUGUCUUUUUGCCUACAUUCGAGACGUCCAUUGAUGAAAGCAUUGACGACUUUCAAUUGACUGGUUUGGGUCGUGGUGGACAGCAAAUCCAAAAGGCUCGUCAAGUCUUUGCCAAGGCAGUAGAAACACUGGUGCAAUUGGCUUCUUACCAGUCUGCUUUUGUCCUCUUGGGUGAUGUCCUGCAGAUGACCAACCGUCGUGUCAAUUCAAUUGAACAUAUCAUCAUUCCUCGUCUCGAGAACACCAUCAAGUACAUUGACUCUGAACUUGAAGAAAUGGAACGUGAAGACUUUACGCGUUUGAAGAAGGUUCAAAAGGUGAAGGAGAAGGCUGAUGCCGAAAUGAACGCUAUAUCUUCUAAGAAGAAAGAAGAAAUUGACGACGAUGAGGAACUUCCCGAGCCACUUGAGAUGACUGUCGAAGGGGACAGUGAGGCCGUCGAUGAAGAUGAGGAUGACUACGAAGAGGGCGACGAAGAUGAGGAUGAAGAAGAAGAAGAAGAGGAAGGAGAAGAAGAAGACCAAGAGGAGGACACUCCCGAGGCAAUUUCUGAAAACAAGGAAAUUGAAGAGGCAGCUCCUGCAGAGGAAGCAGUUGAAGAGGCAGCACCCGCGGAGGAAGCAGUUGAAGAGGCAGCACCCGCGGAGGAAGCAGUUGAAGAGGUAGCACCCGCGGAGGAAGAGCAGCUUGAAGAGACAGCCCCUGCGGUUGACGUUGUCGCCGAAGAGGCGAAUUCUGCCGAAGAAGAACAAGUUGAGGAAGAAACUCCUAUCACAGCCGAGGAAGCAGAAGAAGUUACUCCCACAGAAGAAGCAGUUAACGAGGUAACUGAGGAGGAGGAGCCUGCACCUGAGGAAGAACAAGCCGAGGAGACCGCGCCCGCAGAGGAAGCAGUUGAAGAGGGUGCACCUGAGGAAGAACAAGUUGAAGAGGCUGUUCCUGAAGAGGUUACACCCGCAGUUGAAGAAACAACUGAAAAAGAAACAUCGGCGGAAGAAGCCGACAUGACGGCACCAGUUGAGGAAGCAAUCGAAGAACCCGAACAAGUCGAAGAAACUCCCGCGGUUGAAGAACCAACUGAGGUAACUCCAGAGGAGGAGGAGGAGGAAGUUAAGGAGGUUGCUCCUGCUGAAGAAGCCGCUCCCGCCGAGGAAGAGCAAGUUGAAGAAGCUGCUCCUGCUACGGGUGAGGCAGCUGAAGAAGCCACCACCCCUAUCAUAAAGGAGGAAACUGAGGAAGCCGCUCCCAUUGCAGCCGACGAGGCUGAAGAACCCGCUCCCGUUACAACUGAGGAAGUUGAAGAAACGGCACCUGUGGAGGAAGAAGCACCCAUUGCUACCGAAACACCUUCGGCGAACGAAGUGACUGAGGAGGUCACCGCUCCUGAACACGUUGAAGAAGCUCAACCCGUAGAGGGUCAAGAGGAGGCCGAGAAUAAGGUUGACGAAGCACCUUCGACUGUUACCCAAACUGAAGCUGCCGUUGAAGAAAACGACCCUAAUUCUCAAACUCCUGCUGCCACCUCUAAACCUGUCUCCAAGUCAGCUAGAAGAAGACGCAAUAAGCGUGCUAAGGCUGCUGCUCGCGCUCGUCGUAAUACCAACGAAGCAAUGAAUGGUUCUUCUGAUGUUAAUAGCGGUGUCUCGACACCCUCUGAUGCCCUUGAGUCUUCGCUUUUGACAUCUGCUAGCAAGUUUUCCGGCGAUGAAAACUCUGACGAGGACGUGAUUUUCUAAUUUAUCCAAGAUUCGCCGUACGAGCGUAUUUAACAAAUCACUCUUUUACGCAUUAUACACACUUGUACCCCCCUUUAUCUCGUCUUCAGUUUUUUGUACUGUCCGCAUAACAACAUCCUUUACGUCUAUACAGCAACGUACAACUUUUUUAACACUUUAGUUCUAUUACCCUUAAUACAUCAGCAGUAAUUUUCCAAGACAAAGUUUAACACGG